UACGAGAAGUGAGAAAUGUCCGACUUGACAGCACAUUUCACUCCUUCCCAGACUGCAGCAGUGUAUUCUCGUCUAUUUUCAAGGCGAGGAGUUUGGCAUCUCGAACGAGUCUAUGAAUGUAUAGCAAGUUGACAGUCCGCGAAAAUCCCAACACUUGCCUGUCAAUUUAAUGGCACAAUCUCGAUUAUAAACACGAUUGGCAUAACUGAUAAUAUACGGUCAUCAUGCCUGAGGUGAGCUCAUAGCCAUGGAAGGUCUACACUUACCCAUCGAGAUAAUCUCAUAUAUAUUGAGUUAUCUUCAUGUAACGGACCGCAAAGAGGCAUCACUGGUCUGUAAGAGUUGGUAUGAAGCAAGCCAGGACAAUCGUUUUCAGAAAAAUGUCACAUUCAAGUUCCCUGUUUCACCAUCUUCAUUGGACUUUAUCCGGGCACUUGCAAGGCGCCCUCGAUGUGGCUUAAUAAUCCUCCAUCUUGAUGGGUCCAGUCUGUCAAGACAGGUGCUAGUGGAGGUUGGGACUCACCUCGGCCCUUUCUUGGACACUUUGGCUCUACCUGGCAGCAGCAUCACUGAAUCCUCACUGUUGGGCCUCCUACCACAUCUGACCAGCCUCCACAAACUGGACCUUCAGGGGUUGGACAGCCUCUUUAUGUCUGGAGCCUUUUUGUCCAGAGAGGAACACCGUCAGCAGGUCCAUCAUGCAUUGAGGAACUUGGAAGAACUGGACCUGUCUGAUCUCCGCUAUCUCUCAGACCUCUCUUUCAACCGGCUAACCAGUUGCGUGCCCAGGUUACGUCAACUGGCCCUGGCUGGAUGCCACAUCGCUUUCGAAUUCGACCCGUACCGAGGUUGUCCAGUUGGGUCUGGCUCCUCCGCUCUCGUCUCUCUCCGUAACCUCCUGAGUCUUUUACAGAAGCAAGCUUCCACACUUCGCAGCUUGGACUUGAGUCGCACCAGCAUCACUCCUGAGUCCCUGCGCUCCAUUGCCCAGGUGCCAGGCCUCCGUCUAGAGGAGUUGAGUCUCCGUGGCUGUAAAGAGCUGACUGACUAUGCCAUGGAAGUCCUCUGCACGCAUCAGAAUGCUCUGAAGAUGUUGGACCUAAGUGCGUGUACAGAGUUAUCGAGUAGGACAGUGCUGGCUGUUGCAACCAAGCUGAAGGAGUUAAAUUCGCUCUCCCUGUCUCAGGACUGUAAGAUAAUGAAUAAAGGCUUGGCCGAGUUGAUGGCAUUGCCUUGUUUGAGCACUCUUGAUUUGUCGGAGUGUCUGCAUGUCAGUGGUGCAGAUCUGGUAAAGGGAUUGUCCGCUCCACAGCCCAGGGCUCAACUGAAGAUCCUGAGCCUUAGGAAUUGCACAUAUAUAGGGGAUUCAGUCAUAUACUCCCUGACACAGCUGCUAGGCAGUAACCUAAGAGAGCUGGACCUCACCUCGUGCAUCUGCCUCACUGACCUGAGCGUCCACGCCAUUGCAACCUACCUGCCUGGCCUGGUGGUUUUGCGACUUGGCUGGUGUAAAGAGAUCUCAGAUUGGGGGCUGCUGGGGAUGGUGGAGCCCACCAAGCAUUGUGAACCAAGAGACAAAGAGCCACACAGUCUGCCUUUCCAGGAGAAACCACAGCUAGUGACAGAUAAGGACCUGGGUGCUUUCACGGAACAGGCAGGAGCAUCCCUGUUGGCCAUCAGGGACCUUCAGAAACUGGACCUAUCAGCCUGCUCUAAAUUAACUGACACCAGUAUUACACAGGUACUCCGUUUCCCGGAGCUGCGGCAUCUCUCACUUUCUAUGCUGCCUGAGAUUAGUGAUGAAAGCUUGGUGUCUGUAGCCUAUCACUGCCGCAGCCUCACCAGCUUGGCCCUCAGCCACUGUCCCCAGAUCAGUGACCAGGGCAUGGUACGGGCUCUCCCACUCCUUCACAGACUACAACACCUGUACCUGGCCUGCUGCAAUGCCAUAACUAACGAAACUCUUUCUAUAAUUGCGCUGCACUGUGACAGACUGAGAACCCUCGAUAUCUCCAUGUGUAAAGACAUUACAGUGCACCAAGUGGACCACCUUCAGUCUCGCCUGCCAUUCCUCGAGAAAGUCCAGUGUCGCUUUGUCAACGGCGCAGAUGGUACUAUAAAUAAUAUCUGUAAUACAAGAAAUGUUAAUCAUUUGAAGAAAUAUAAUUAAAGCACUUUUAGCUCUGAUAUUAAAGAAGAAUCAAUUACAAAAUACUGCAUUUUCUUUGC